UAUAAAUUAAAUUAAGCCGAAAAUGGAAUAAUUUGAUGGCUAGCGAUACAUCCAAUAUCAGCCAAUCAUCACAGCAGAGCUUACUCUUUCUUCUUCCUCUGCCGUUCUAUCUUUUAUUCUUUUCUUUUUUUUUAUCUUGCCAUUGAACUAAACGAACUCAACACAGUCUGUUAACUUACCUACACUUAAGUUAACACCAUUCUCCAUUUGUUCUCCUUUAUAGAAUUUCCCGGUUAAAUAUGGACAGAAGAGAGUUAGAUGAUAAAAGAAGAAACGGGUCAGUGAAAGCAGCAAUUAAUAAGUACGGAGGAAGGUUUCUUGAUGGUACUUCUUCAUUGAAGAAACCCCAGAUGGACUCUCAAGAGAUGUCUUGUUCAAGAACAAUAGAGCUCCACAAGGCGAGAAGAGAUAUUAGUAGGUACAGAGAGAGCAGAAGAGUGGCAGAGUCAGUGAAAGCUCAAGCUGAGUCCGAGCUAUCUGUUGCAAGAAAUACAGUUAAAGAACUGGCUUCGCGGAUUGAGGAUACAAAUUCUGAGGCAGAAGCAAAGAUGAAAGAUGUUGAUGAAACGCUAAAGAAGUCCGGUGGGAGUAUUGAUAGUUAUCAGUAUGCAGAAGUAAUGAGAGAAUUGGAGGCUGUGAAACAAGAAAUGAGUAAACUGAAGCUUGAUAUGGCUUCUGUAUUGGAAGAGAAAUCGCGGGCGGAGAAGGAGAUUGAGACUACAAGCUUGAAAAUAUGGUCUAAUUCCAGUGUAGAAACAUUUAGGAAGGAGAUUGAACAAGUAAAUGAAGAACAAUUGUUGGUUGAGUUGGCGCGAAUUGAGGCCUUAAAAGAAUUUGGAGAGAUUGAAGCUCAAAGAGAAAAAGAAGCCAAUGAAUUCUCAUUUGCAAUGGAGGAAACAAAGAGGAAAAAGAAAGAAAUGGUUGAAGAGAUUGAUCAGUCUAAAGAGGUUGAAAACAAACUGGCUGUCACACUGCGUGAUGUUAAUAUGUUACAAAUUGAGCUAAAACAUGUCAAAGGAAUGGACAAAAGGGCCCAAAGAAAUGACGCCUCGAAGAUUACAGAAACCAAUUUUCAAGAAUUAGAAGGUUCGCCUUUGUUGAGGUCAAUCACAGAAGAAUUAGAGGAGGCAAAGAAAGAAUUAGCUUCAGUAAGAGAUGAGGGUUUUCAGUUCAUGGCUUCAAUGGAUGUAAUAAGGAAUGAGCUGAAGCAUGUGACUGAAGAAAUGGCGCGGUUAGAGAAAGCAGAACACAAGUCGGAUUUGAUUGUUCAAAAUCUCAAUUCAAAGCUACUUAGAGCAAAAUCUAAGUUGGAAGCUGUUUCUGCAGCUGAAGAAAAGGCUAAAGCAAUUGCAACUAAUCUCUCUCUCACUGCUGAACAGUUAAAGACUGAAGCUGAGGCCGCAAAGAAAGAGAAGGAGCUUAUAAUUCGGGAAACUGCAGCCAUCAAAGAAGAAAUUCAGAAAACUGAGUCUGAAAUUGACUCAACUGAGGAAAAGUUGACGGCUGCAAUGCAAGAGCUGGAUGCAGUAAAGUCAUCAGAAGCUUUAGCUCUUGAGAAUCUUAAGUCUCUCAUUGAGAACACGAUGCAAUCGAGAGCUUCUGCAUCACAGAAUAGUUCAUCAAUUACCAUUUCGAAGUUCGAAUAUGAGUACUUGACUGGACAUGCUGUUGGGGCUGCAGACCUUGCAGAUAAGAAAGUGGCUGCAGCUCAGGCAUGGAUUGAAGCUUUGAAGGCCAGUGAAAAGGAAAUACUGAUGAAAAUUGAAAUGGCUCACAGGAAAAUCCGAGAAACUAGAAUGGAUGAAGAGAAAGAGGUGUUUAGAACUGAGAGAUCAUUUUCAACAAAGAGAAAAGAUGAGGGGGAAAUAAGGAACUGGAGACAAAGGGAAGAAAAAACCCCAGAAACCGAGAACCUGCAGCCCAGAUUGUCAAGAAAAUCUAUCAAAGCCAGUGGCAAUUUAACACAAUCAAGAAGAGCAAAGUAUCAGAAAUCUGCCUCCCCUGCAACUAGGAUGCCACGAUCAACUUCCUUCAAUGUCAAGAGGAAAACAAAGGUGAUGCCAAGUUUUGCCAAGUUAUUUAGUGGCAAGAACAUUGACUAGGCCGAUCUCAAAGCUGCUUGAAGAUCAUUAGUGUAUUCA